CUUCUCUCCUAACUUAUCUCUAUCCAUCGUAACAAACUAGUCAUCAUCCUCAUCAUCAUUAUCAUCAUCAUCAAUUCAUGUCUCUAUUAGGAUCAUGUUUCUUAAAACCAUAAAAUAAUAAAUAAAAUAGCAAAUACUAGUAAUAUGUGAUAAAUUAUUUAACUUCUCUUUCAAUUUUCAAAAAAUCAUUAGCAUCAAAUUCAUAAGAUAAUAUAUAUCUCUCUCUCAUUGUGUUAGAGUGAAUAGAAUAAGUUGAAACAUCAAAAUGAGGAUCGAACAAGAAAGUGAUGGAGUUUCAGCUUCCACAAAACAUCUUGUUUUUGCUUAUUACGUUACUGGUCAUGGUUUUGGUCAUGCCACCAGAGUCACUGAGGUGGUGAGGCAUUUGAUUGAUGCGGGGCAUGAUGUGCAUGUUGUCACUGGUGCUCCUGAUUUUGUUUUCACCUCUGAAAUUGAGUCUCCUCGAUUAUUCAUUCGCAAGGUGCUUUUGGACUGUGGAGCUGUUCAAGCAGAUGCUUUGACGGUUGAUCGCCUUGCUUCUUUGGAGAAGUAUUCUGAAACAGCGGUGAAGCCGCGAGCUAAAAUCUUGGCUUUAGAAACCGAGUGGCUCAACUCUAUAAAAGCUGACUUAGUGGUUUCUGAUGUUGUUCCGGUUGCAUGUCGUGCGGCAGCAGAUGCUGGCAUUCGCUCUGUCUGUGUGACCAAUUUCAGUUGGGACUUCAUCUAUGCAGAGUAUGUCAUGGCUGCUGGACUUCAUCAUCGUUCAAUAGUUUGGCAGAUAGCCGAGGACUAUUCCCAUUGCGAGUUCCUUAUUCGCCUCCCCGGAUAUUGCCCAAUGCCUGCAUUUCGCGAUGUUAUUGAUGUCCCUUUGGUGGUGAGGAGGCUGCACAAAUCUGCAAAAGAGGUGAGGAAGGAGCUCGAGAUACCUGAUGAUGUGAAGCUAGUUAUUCUCAACUUCGGCGGGCAGCCAUCGGGAUGGAAGUUAAAGGAGGAUUUCUUACCUUCUGGCUGGUUGUGCCUGGUUUGUGGUGCUUCUGAAAAUGAGGACCUUCCACCAAAUUUUAGAAGACUUGCUAGAGAUGCAUAUACGCCCGACAUUAUUGCAGCAUGUGACUGUAUGCUUGGAAAAAUUGGCUAUGGAACAGUUAGUGAAGCCUUGGCAUACAAGUGUCCAUUUGUCUUUGUACGCAGAGAUUAUUUCAACGAAGAACCUUUUUUGAGAAAUAUGCUUGAGUAUUAUCAAUGUGGUGUCGAAAUGAUCAGGAGGGAUUUAAUCACCGGUCACUGGAGACCUUAUCUCGAACGUGCAAUAAGUCUGAAACCCUGCUAUGAAGCAGGCAUUAAUGGUGGUGAGGUGGCAGCCCACAUCCUUCAGGAAACGGCUUUUGGAAAAAAUUAUGCAUCAGAUAAGCUUAGUGGGGCAAGAAGAUUGCGUGAUGCAAUAGUUCUUGGUUAUCAACUCCAAAGGGCCCCUGGCCGAGAUAUUACGAUCCCAGAAUGGUAUGCUACAGCUGAAGAGCAACUCGGCCACUCAUCACCUAGUUCACCUGUGAAUAAUGGUGACUUUGCAUUCCAUUCAGGCGUUGAAGAUUUUGAUAUUCUUCAUGGAGAUUUUCAAGGUCUUCCAGAUACUGUGGCGUUCUUACAAAGCCUAUCUGAAUUGGUCGCGAAGCACACAAAGCGGGAGCGCAAGGCUGCAGCAAAUCUCUUCAAUUGGGAGGAAGAAAUUUUUAUAACAAGAGCUCCAGGAAGAUUAGAUGUAAUGGGCGGUAUUGCUGAUUAUUCUGGAAGUCUUGUCCUGCAGAUGCCAAUUAAAGAAGCCUGUCAUGUUGCUUUGCAAAGAGUCCAUCCAAGUAAGCAUAGACUGUGGAAACAUGCAGAGGCCAGACAGAAUGACAAAGGCGGGGAUCCAACUGCUGUCUUGCAAAUUGUAUCAUACGGCUCAGAGUUAGGCAAUCGUGGCCCAACAUUCGACAUGGAUUUGUCUGAUUUUAUGGAUGGAGACAAGCCAAUUUCAUAUAAAAAAGCAAGGAAAUACUUUGCUCAAGAUCCAUCUCAAAAGUGGGCAGCAUAUGUUGCGGGUGCAAUUUUGGUGUUAAUGACCGAAUUGGGCGUGCAAUUUGAAGAUAGUAUCAGCAUGCUGGUUUCAUCUGCGGUCCCAGAAGGGAAAGGUGUAUCGUCUUCUGCAUCUGUGGAGGUCGCUAGUAUGGCUGCUAUUGCAGCUGCUCAUGGAUUAAAUAUAAGCUCAAGGGAUCUGGCUUUGCUCUGCCAGAAGGUGGAAAAUCACAUUGUAGGUGCUCCAUGUGGUGUCAUGGACCAGAUGGCUUCAGCGUGCGGUGAAGCCAACAAGCUUCUUGCCAUGAUUUGUCAGCCUGCAGAGAUUGUUGGCCUCGUCGAAAUUCCAAGCCAUAUCCGAGUUUGGGGAAUUGAUUCUGGAAUUAGACACAGCGUUGGAGGUGCAGAUUAUGGAUCUGUGAGAAUUGGAACCUUUAUGGGUAUGAAAAUGAUAAAGUCUAGGGCUUCUGAGGAAUUGACUGAGAUGUGUGCUGCAAAUGGAUUGAACUAUGAUGAAGUGGAACAAGGUGACAUAGAAUUACUUAAACAAGAAGCUUCCUUAGAUUACUUAUGUAAUUUACCACCUCACAGAUUUGAGGCUCUUUACGCUAAGACGAUACCCGAGUCCAUUGCUGGCGAGACAUUUUUGGAGGAAUAUACAAAUCAUAACGAUCCUGUCACUAUUAUUGAUGAAAAGCAUAACUAUGGAGUGAGAGCUCCCACACUACAUCCUAUCUAUGAAAAUUUCCGAGUCAAGACCUUCAAAGCACUUCUGACAUCGACAUCUUCAACUGAUCAACUUUCAGCUUUAGGAGAAUUGCUAUAUCAGUGUCACUACAGCUACAGUGCUUGUGGACUUGGGUCUGAUGGAACAGACAGGCUUGUUCACUUGGUACAAGAAUUGCAGCAUAGCGCAGCGUCUAAAUCCGAAGGCGGAACUUUAUGCGGAGCCAAGAUCACUGGUGGGGGUUCCGGUGGAACGGUUUGUGUAAUCGGUAGAAAUUGUCUCAAGAGCAGUGAACACAUUUUUGAGAUUCAGCAGAGGUACAAAAAAGCUACUGGCUACUUGCCCUUUAUUUUCGAAGGCUCGUCACCGGGUGCAGGAAAGUUCGGUUACCUGAAAAUUCGCCGACGGGCUACCCCGAAAAAAGUCGACAGUUUCAAGGAUGUUAAUGAAGUGUUGGUGGAGAAUGAAAGCUGAUAAUUGCUUAUAUUUAAUUUAAUUUUCUCAGUUUUCUUGUCUUGUGUGUUUCACAAGAAUUUGUACAGGUAAACUUUUUAAGGAAUUUUUAGUCAAUUAUUAUUACCAUUUUUCAAACACAUUCCUUUGAUUUUUUCACUGGAUUGUUGGAAUAUCUAAAUUGUGAACUAUAUUAAAUAUGGUCAUUUGAUAUUAAAGAAAUGAAGCUGUUCAUUGGAAGAA